GCUAGAUGGCAAUACUAAUCACUGUUUGCCACGAGAUAAAUGGAAUUUGUUAACGGCAGUUUCGUCUCCGUUCUAAUUACAUUUCAAAUAUAAAAUACUUGUAAUAAAAAGUGUAGUUUCCGUAAAAUUUUUUCAAAUUUAUUCAGGUACAUUUAAAAUGUACUAAACUGAAAGACUAAAUUUUGGAUUGACGUAUACUGGAUUUUUGUAAUUCCCGAAUAUGAGAAAGGAGAUUGUUAUUUCCCUUGUAUUUUUGUUAACUUACGUGAAUGCGACCAAUGAUGGAAAAUCAAAUAAGAAGUCCUGGCGAGAUAAAGAUAUAAGAGAUAUGAAUGACGCAGAUUUGGAACAUUUGUUAGAUCAGUGGGAGAAAAAUGACGAACCAUUGGAACCAGAUGAAUUACCCGAACAUCUCAGGCCUAGUCCAAAAAUUGACUUAUCACAGCUUGAUAUGUCAAAUCCUGACAAUGUACUAAAAGUAACAAAGAAAGGUCGAAGUGUAAUGAUGUUUGUUGAUACAAAUGAAAAUUUGUCAGUUGAAGAAGCUGAGACGAUAAUGAAAAUUUGGCAGACUAGUCUUCAGAAUAAUCAUAUUAUCGCUGAAAGAUAUCCAAUUGAUCAAAGAAGAUCUGUGUUUCUAUUUCACGAGGGUUCGCAAGCUGUAGAUGCAAAGAAUUUCUUUUUGCAACAGCCAGAAUUGUCUCAUGUGACCCUUGAAGGCCAAACUUAUUUCAGAGAUCCAAAGAAACAGAAUGAAAAAAUGGCAAAACUUAAUAAACAAGGAAAUAAACUAAGUAAUAACAAAGAUGACAAUAAAAAUAAAGAAGAGUUAUAAUUUGUAAUUUACAAAUUUUUUAAGAAUUUUAUAUAUUUUUAUACGUGUAUGUAUGUAUGUAUAUAUAUAUAUAUAUAUAUAUAUAUUUUAGAAAAUAAGUAUAGAAUAAUUUUUGAUAUUUGAAACAUUUUUUUGUUCAUAAAGAUGUAUACAAUUUUUUGUUAUUUCUAUUCAACUAUUUGAUAACAUAGCAUAUCUUUAGAAUAAACUUAGUUUAUUUAAUUAAUUAAUGCGAAAAAAUAAAAUCCUGUAUAUUGUUUCUAUAAUAAAAUAAAUUUACUUUAUACGCAAUCUUAUAAAUAAUA